GUGACCGCUUCUCUUGGUGCACCGCCGAUCCUCUCAUUGUAUUUCUACGUGGGUGAGCAGUGUGUGUUCUUUUGUGGCACCUCCUCCAUAGAUCUGGUUGCGCCAUGCAUUUCUCCUGGCUACUAUAGUAAGAGCACUUGCUCUGGUUUGGACUGCUCUGCCCGUCAUGCCGCGACACCUGAAUCUCACACCGGCUCCCAAACAGGAGUGCAUGGUUUCCUUGUAACUGGAUCUACUUUUAAAUUUUUGGAGGCAGAAGAGGGCAUGCAAAGCAGAACACUUGCAAAGAGGAGAAUAAAGUAAAAGACGAGGUGAGCAGCUACAGAAGGAGAGAUUAUCUUCAGAGAGUAAAACUAUUACUUGUAGAUGUUCGAUCAGACCACCACUAUGGGCGAUGGGAACCACCGAUGUGGACCCAACCCGCUGGACCGGAUGGAGACGAAGUGCCGCGCCGAGAUAGGGAGCCGGUCCCCGGUUCAGAGCUCCACCGAUACCCCGGGGACCUCAGCGUCCACCCCGACGUCCUCCAGCGAAGACGGGCACGACAAACUUUUGGGAGUGGACCCUGACUACUGUCGGAGGAUAUUAGUAAGAGACGCUAAAGGCACCAUCCGGGAGAUCGUCCUGCCGAAGGGCCUCGACCUGGACCGGCCCAAGCGGACCCGGACCUCCUUCACGGCCGAGCAGCUGUACCGGCUGGAGCUCGAGUUCCAGCGGUGCCAGUACGUGGUGGGGCGCGAGCGCACCGAGCUCGCGAGGCAGCUGAACCUCUCCGAAACUCAGGUCAAGGUCUGGUUCCAAAACCGCCGGACCAAACAGAAGAAGGACACCACGAAGGACUCGGACAAACGCUCCUCCUCCUCCAACGAGUCCUUGGCCACCUGUAACAUCCUGCGGCUCCUGGAGCAGGGCCGCCUCCUCUCGGGCCCCAUCCCGCCGCACAACUCCCUCCUGGGGCCCCACCCCUCCAACGGCUCCCUGCUGUGCAGCCCGGGCGGAUCCUCCACCUCUCCGGGGAUGGGCACUCCGCCCUCCUCCCUCGCAGGGGGGACUUUCGGGCUGUCGCUGCCCUCGCUGGGCGGCACACCCCCCUCACCCCGCCUGGGCGUCCCCCCCCAUCACUCCCUCUGCUUCUCCAUGCCGCUGCUGGGGGGCGCCCACCACGAACUGACAUCCGUCUACGGGUGCAGUUCUUCAGCUUUUGAGCCGUACAUGCGGCUGGACAGGAAGGAGGUGGAUCAUGGUGGGAAGAAGACGGUUUCUUAAGUCCCGCGACACCUGGGGACUCGUCUCUGAAAGAGCGUUCCUCCUCAGACCUCCACCCCUCAAAUCUGUUUUAACUCUUGACUUUCACCAGAUUUGGGGGGAAAGAAAAAAACCUGGAUCAUGUGAUCUAUGCGGCACCAUUUUGUGCCACUGUUGACACAAAAUGGUGAAAAGAUGGCGGGAAGGACGUGAUGUGACGGAGACUCUCCCACAUAAAAAAAAAAACUUGUGAAUUUUUGCAGGAAAUGCCGUGUGUGUGUUGCGUGAACCCUGACAGACAGAUGUUUUAUCACCGCUCUCUUCGCAGUGGUUUCAGUGACUAUUCACUUUUUGUCCAGUGAGUUUGUGCGUGUGGUUUUCUCUCUCUAUACAAGCCUUAAUUUUACUGUUCAGGAAAAAAAAAUAAUACUUGACAUGGAUAGUUCAGACUGAAUCAGCGUCUGAAUAAGAAGAGUGAUAAUUCAAAGAGAGCAGUUUGUACACAUUUCAGUACAUAUUCCCGUACAAGUGGCCAUGUUUGAUUUGAGUUAAUGUGCUAUCACAAUAUGGAAGAAACACUGAAAAAAAAAAAAAGAAUCGUAGCAUUUAAAUAUCAGUCUGUUUGGUGUCCAGCAGUAGUUUUAUGUAAAUUCUUUAUUUGGUUGUGUUAGUGUAUGAAAUAAUGUGGUAGGAUCUGGACAAAUGGUGCAAAACUCACAUAUCUAGAUCCCAUAGUUUUAAUAUAAAAGAACAUUAAGAAGGAUAAGUGUGUGAGGAAGCUGGUGAGACUCCAAGCUUUGGAAGUCAAGGUCAAACUGAGAUAUGACCUUUGAGCCCAAAUGUACAGUUUUUGAUUGAUUUUGACCGUUAAAUCAGACUCAAAUCUAGGUUUUUAUAACAUCCGUCCAACUUUUUGAACAAUUAUUGUAUUUACAGAACCAAACGUGUGUAGGCCGGAAACGAAGGCCGCUUUCAAGAUCGACAAAUGGGUCUUCUUCGAUUUUAAUCAUCAAUUGUGUUCAUAUUUCAAGCUAAAUCCACACAUUUUCUAGUUCCAGCUACAAAAAAAUACAAUUAUCUUUACAUUCUUUCUCAUAUAUGACAAGUAACCACAACAGCCUCUGAGAAAAAAAAAUGGAAAUCCCACAUUUUCACAUUUUAUUUUAUUUAAGUUGCCCAUUUUAUCACAACUAUCAGAAGUAUUCUCUCAUCAGGUCAUAUCCAUAAUCACAAGAAAUGUAUUUUUACACAGGA